AUGAUAUUGGAUAAACCUCCUAAAGACAAAUAUAAUGCUGUCUAUUUCAUUUUACUACUUCACGGGAUAGGUGUUUUGAUGCCAUGGAACAUGUUCAUCACAAUUGCUCCCUCUUACUACGUGGAUUAUAAAUUUGUGGAGGUGAGCGCCGAUGGUAUGGUGCACAAGAGUGAUUAUGCGCUUCAUUUUUUGAGUUAUCUUGGUCUUGCUUCGCAAAUACCGACUUUGCUACUUAAUCUGAUCAACUUAUUCGUCCAGAUCAAAGGUGAUCUCAGACGACGAAUUAGCUUUUCACUUCUUAUUUUAGCCAUUAUUAUUCUGGUAACGCUGAUAUUCACCCUUAUUAACACUUCUCACAUGAUUAGUGCAUUUUUCUUCAUUACUAUGACUACAGUGGUAUUAUUAAAUGCAGCUAAUGGUGUUUAUCAAAGUUCACUCUAUGGUUUAACUGCCAACUUUCCGCCUCAAUAUACCAAUGCACUGAUACUGGGCAACAAUAUAUGCGGUACAUUUGUAUCUGUCGUAAAUAUUGUAACGCUGGUUGUUGCAAAAAGUGUAUGGAUGGCGGCUUUCUUCUAUUUUUUGAUGUCCUUGUUGACGGUGUCUGCUUGUUUUGGAUCAAUAUUCUUGCUAGAAAAACUUGAGUUUUACGAAUACCACAUGAGAAAAACACAAAAACACGGUGAUAAGAACGAACAUGAGGAAGGCCAGCAUUUAGAAAGGAUCAACACUGUAGAUGGAGCAACCAUGGAUGGAACCGAAAUGAUUGGAGUUGUGCCUAAAGCAGGCUUGAAAGCAAAAUUAAAGUUAUACUUCCAGGUUUUCAAAAAGAUUUGGAUUCAGUGUUUUAAUGUGUGGUGUGUGUUUUUCGUCACAUUAGCAGUAUUUCCUGUAGUAAUGGCUGACAUCAAAUACUACAGUAAAAGUGGAAAAUAUGAUUUCUUUAUAGCAGAGAAACUGUUCACUCCAGUCACAACAUACUUGCUGUUCAAUUUCUUUGCUGCUGCUGGAUCAUUUCUGGCUAAUUUUGUACAGUGGCCAUCACCAAAAUGGCUGAUUGUUCCGGUAACAGCGCGCAUUGCACUUAUUCCACUGUUAAUGUUUUGUUACUUCCGUCCUGAAUACCGAACCUGGAAUGUAUGGUUUUACAAUGUAUGGAUUUACAUCAUUUUUGCAGUUAUCAUGUCCAUCACCAGUGGGUAUUUCAGCUCCAUAAUAAUGAUGUACGUUCCAAGGAUAGUGGAACCAUCCAAGUCAACAGUUGCAAGCAUGAUAGCAGCGUUCUUCCUGAUUUUCGGCAUAACAUGUGGAAUAAUGUUUACGUUUUUCGUUUCUUGGUUUAUCGAUAACGCAGGAGUACAUAACCCAGGAGGUUUUGACACAGUAAUGUGA